AUAGUGACGAAGUAGUACAGUGCCUCACAGCUGAAACACACUGACACAAUAACGGAGACAAUAACGGACACUAUCAGCAUCCAGCCAUGCAGCCACCCCCCAGAAAGGUAAAGGAGAGCCAGCAGGUGAAACUGGCAUUCUCAGAGCAGCUCAGCAAAUUGCAGACCAAACAGCAUCAGGACACUGAGCUGCUGGAAGAGAUCAGGUCCUUCAGUAAGCAACGUGCAGCUAUAGAGAAAGAGUAUGGUCAGGCUCUUCAGAGAUUAGCUGUCCAGUACCAGAAGAGAGACUGGCAAAGAGGAAAUACAGAUACCAUCACUUCUGGGAGUGUAUUUGGUGUGUGGCGGUCAGUGGUAGACGCUACAGCUCAGUCUGCCACAUCACGAUUUGCUGCUGCAGAAGAAUACCGCAGACUGAUUAGACUAGCCUCCCGAACUCUUCGCAAUACGAAGGACAUCCGAACAAAGAGAGGCUUGGAGCGGCUCCAGAGGGUACAGGGGGAAGUGGUGGAAGCUUUGCGGGAGCUGCACAGGAUCAAGAAGAGCUACCACCAACUCAGUCACAUUGCCAGUGUUGCCAGAGAGAAAGCUGCUGAUGCACAAACCAGAGCCAGAAAGAGUGAACAUGGGAUAUUCCACUUUAAAUCAGGACUACAUAAGAUGACCGCUAAGCUCAGCGCCAGGUUGAGAGAGUGUGACGACCGUUUGACUGAAGUCCGUAAUGAGUAUCUGCUGGCGUUAGCAGCAGUCAAUGCCCACCAACAACACUACUAUACUAAUGACUUACCAUGUAUUAUGGAGCAAAUGGACGGUGAUGUUUAUGAUGAUCUGAGAGGCCAUUUUACCCUGCUGUGUAGGACUGAGAUGGAUACCUGUCUGGCCACACACAAACAGUACAACAGGAUUUGGGAGAGUGUUGCUAAGGUGACCAGAGAGAGAAAUGUUCUGCAGUUUCUUCAGGAAUCUGUCUCCUUCAGCAAAACUCCUGAAUUCACCUUCCAGUCAGCUCCACGUGACAAGGUGUCUGCUCUACAGGAGGUCUGUGCUUCAGAAGCAGAGGGAUGUCUGGUAAAGGAGGCCAAGAAAUGGGCUACAAAAGUUGCAAAAGACUACAAAAUCAUCACCCAUGGAGAAAGGGCCCUACAGACGUUAGAGAGUCGGCUGAAGCUCUUGUCGGGGGAGACGGGGCUCAGUGUGGAGCAGAAGAUAGCAGAGGUGCAGGAAAGCGUCAGGAAAGCCAAGCUCAGCAGGGUGAAAGCAGAGGCCCGUCUAGCUCUGCUGUCUGACAGUGUCACAGGAAUCGAACAGUGGCUUCACGACGCCAUGCACCAGGCAGAGGAGGAGCUGGAGAGAGAGAGACGCCUCAGUGAACAGAGGAAGUCUACUGAAGACUUUUCAGAGGAUGAAUUUGAGCUGACUGACUUUGAGGACUACGAUGAUGAAAACGGAGAUAUCUUUGCAGAUCCAGUGUCAGCAUCUGGAGUGUGUGUUUACCCUGCAGCCUGCAGAGUAAUAUAUAGCUAUCAGGCUAGCCAGUCAGAUGAGCUGUCAAUAAUGGAGGGGGAGGAGCUUCAAGUGAUUGAGGAUGGAGACGUGGAGGACUGGCUGAAGGUGUGUAACUCCUGUGGUCAGGUGGGGUAUGUUCCAGAGCGUUAUGUGCAGUUCCUGUGCCUACCAGCAGAGGACAGCACUCAGCUGGACAGUUCUUUCAGCUCCACCUCAUCCACUGGGAAUAGAGAGAGAGCAGGGAGCAGAGGUGUAGCCAGAGCUCUGUACUCGUACCAGGCCCAGAGUGCAGAGGAGCUUUCCUUCCAGGAGGGGGCGCUAAUCCACCUGAUACGCUGUCGUCACGGAGAGGUAGGGGCCGAAGCCUCCGAGAAACGCAGUCUUCUGAAGCCUAAAUUCAGAGGACACAACAAAUGCAGACUUCCCAGACUUCAUCCCACAAUCCUUUGCUCUCCGGUGGAUGAUGGGUUUUGGGAGGGAGAGCUGAAUGGACGGAUCGGUGUCUUCCCAUCAUUGGUGGUAGAGCUUGUUCACGAUGAAGGGGAGGAGGAAGAGGAGGAGGAGCCUCUCCCGACCCCAACCAUGCCCCCCUUCUCUCCCCCCAUCCCAAUCCCUUCCAACCCUGGCUGUAGUUCAGCUCUCAGUGCUACUCCCCCUAGCUGCGCGGAGGACAAACAGCAGGUCUUUCCUCUGAGGCUCACAGACGACACAGUAGAAACAGAAGGCAGCAGCCACAAUUCUCCAGAACUCUCUCGACUAAGACCAUGUCGGCCGCCUCCUCCACCCCCAACACAGAAGCCUUCAUCUCAGCCUUGAGACAAAGACUGGAGUCACUGUUUUUUAGGACCAAAAGAACACUGGUUUUGUGCCUUUUAUUGCAGCAUUAAACAAAUAACUUGUAUUUGUUUGUUAGAUUUUUUUUUAGACUUUUAACUGUUGGUCAACUUGGCUCACUGGAUGUGAACUUUCAGGAAAUUGCAAAAUUCCCAUGUGUUCUUCGAGGGAUAAGUGAACCAACAUUCAAUAUAACAUUAACAUUUAAGUAACAGGGAUAAGUACAUGAUUAUCUGUAUCUGUAUCCAUUCAACCAACUAAAUUAUCUGUUUUUGUAUCCGUUCUCGGAAGGGGCGGGGCUUAAACCAGACAUGGGUGGUGCUUGAAUCGGGAGCAGGCAGGACUAAAAGGGAAGUUGUUCAUUUGAGAGUUGAAGUUGCUAUAUUUAUUGCUAUAAAGAUUUUAUUUAUAUUAGAAAAGUAGUUAGAUAAUUUAUUAAGAGUGAUCUGACUGUUUACAGAACAAGUUUUUUAUAAAAGGUGGGAUAUUUAUGAGUGCGAAUUUUCAAUAAUUUUACUUUACAUGAUGCUCGUUUUCAUAAAAAAAGUACAUUAUCUGUACCAGAUACCUAUUUCAGCCAUGUACUUGCCCAACCCUAUUAAGUAGAGUUCUAAUUCAUUUCUAAUACGUGUUGUAAUUGGGAAAAAAUGUAUGAAUAUUUAGAAUUAUGACAGACAACUCAAGUAGUGUGUAGCCUAGCUUUACUUGCAACUGAGCUUUCACUAUGUUAGCUAUCAGCACACCCAUUAAAUCUAACUGGUUAGUUUGUAAAACAGAAGGAAAUACUGCAGUUUUAACUAAGAAAAUGUAAAUCUGUAUUUUACUGUCGUCAAAAUAUUUAUUUUUAAAUGUUUCUUCAUAUUUGGUGGCUUUUAUUGAAUUGCCUAAAGAUUAUUUUUGAUAGAUGGCUGCAAUGAUGGCUGCUUUUUUCAUAUACUCUCUUUGUGGCUGCUGGCUCAUUUUGUUCAGUAUAGAAAUGAACAUGAGUAAUAAGACAAAACAACCUUUCUGUUUUCUAAUAAUAAGGGGUUGAUUAUCUCAUUAUAUAUGUACUGUCAGUCCUGAAAAGAAAAGAAGUAGAAUCCACCAGUUUACGCCAUAGUAAACUCAUUUUUGUUACAGACUCUAACACAGAUAACUGAGGAAUAAUGUAUUAUAUUCUGCAGGUAGUGACUUUACCAGUAAAAGUGCUAGCCCAAGUAAA